CGCCAAUAGCUGAAUUCACACAUAAAAGGCUUGGUAUGGUUGUUGGUUCUAAGGAGGGACGUAACGUCCCUACUUAUAAUCCAUGAUUACAUGCCAUUGCAUUGCCUAGUAAAAUUUUGUAAUAUUUGUGUAGUUAAUAUUACUCUUCUCUUCAGAUCUACCAAAACGCACACAGAUCGAUUCGAACCUCUUCCUCCAAAUUGGCACGUCAUGAACUGAGACUCCUCUACGCCAAUUUUGAUCAUCUUUUUAGACUCGAUCAAUCUCCACAACACAUUUCGAUUCAUCCGUGAGAUAGAUUCAAUGAUGUGGAGUUCAAUAGCUAAUUUGAAAGAAAAUCUCAAUAAAAUCGCACUCGAUGUUCAUGACGAUGACGAUGAAGAAGAAGCGCUCGAGAUCUACAAUUCGCGUGACCUACGAGAUUCUUCUGUCUCCGAUCGCCGAAUUUCUCACAGUUCGGCUUCCCAUUCACCCGUCGCCAAUGGCUUUGAUUCCCCAUAUAUUUCUGAGAUUGAACAAUACAAAACAGAAAUUAAGAGGCUUCGAGAAUCUGAGGCAGAAAUUAAGGCUUUAUCUGUUAAUUAUGCAGCUUUGUUGAAGGAGAAAGAGGAUCGGAUUUUCAGAUUGAAUGAAGAAAAUGGCUUGUUGAAACAAAAUCUAGAUGCAACAAGUGCGGCUAUGAAGGCAUCUAAAAACGAGAGUUUCAAGACAUCAGCCAAUAGCCUAAAUGUGGUUAAGGGGAGUAGCGAUCAGUCACUGAACCGGCAGCAGAAAGCUUUAACAAAAAAUCGUUCCAUCACCAACCAAAUGCAUAAUGGAAUCGUCUCAAAGCAGGAUGGACUAAGCAAUGGAGCUGCACAUUCUAUGCAAUUUGAUGAAUUUCAAAGUAACAGGGAGGGUGGUGAAAAGGAGCUUGCAGAUUUGCUAGAAGAGAAAAACAGAUCUCUAGCAGUAAUUCAAGCAUCUCAUGAGUUACAAGUAAAACAAUUGGGGAUGGAACUUGAGAAAGAGCGUACCAAACUAGCUAAUGUACAGCUAAAAUUACGAGAGGAACAGAAGUUGAAUGGAUCUUUUCAGGAGAAGCUGAACUCACUAAAAGUGGAUAAUAAUAAAAUUUCUAUGGAAAUGAACAAGGUUCAUGACGAAUUGAAUAAGAAAAUAUCAGAAGUAGGACGACUGCAAAUGGAACUGAAACAUAAGGAGGAUACCAAAAUAGAUGAUGUCGUGGAUGAUUUGAAAAGAGUAAUUGCAACCAUAGAGAGGGAAAAUAGUAGUCUUAAGAUGGAGAAGGAAGAACUUGAGGCUGCGUUGAAAGUCGCGACUAACUCUUCAGCCCAAAAGCAGUCGAGUAGUUUGGAUGAGGUACAGUCCUUGGGAAGUUUUCCGGGAAAAGAAGAAAUGGAGCUAUCCCUGCGGAAGCUGGAGAAAGAUUUGAAGGAAACACGCCGAGAAAGGGACAAAGCAUUACAAGAACUGAAUCGCCUUAAGCAGCAUUUACUAGAUAAGGAAUCUGAAGAAGCAGAAAAAAUGGAUGAGGACAGCAAGAUCAUUGAAGAACUACGAGAAAAUAAUGAAUAUCUAAAAGCUCAAAUAUUAUUUUUGGAGAAAUCUCUGAAGCAGGCAAUGGCAAGUCAGGAGGAAGUUAAGAUAAUUAACAACAAUGAACUUCAGAAGUCUAGGGAAAUAAUUAGUGACCUGAAUAAAAGACUGGCGAGCUGUACGAACACAAUAAAUGCCAAAGAUGUUGAGCUUCUGAAUCUUCAAACUGCUCUUGGCCAGUACUAUGCUGAAAUGGAAGCUAAGGAGCGUUUGGAUGGAGAUUUGUCUCUGGCAAGAGAAGAAUCAAUUAAACUUGUUGAGCUUUUGAAGGAUGCAAAUCAAAAGGCAGAGAUAUCAAACAGGGAAAAGGAAGAAGUUUUGGAAAAGCUUUCACAAGCUGAAAGGAUGGUUGCAGAAGGGAAAAACAGAGCAAAUAAGCUGGAGGAAGCCAAUGUCAAACUACGUAAUGCUCUUGAGCUGAGCAUGACAAGACUUAAUAGGAUGUCACUGGAUUCUGAUUACUUUGUUGACAGGCGCAUUGUGAUCAAAUUGUUGGUGACCUACUUCCAGAGAAACCACAGUAAAGAGGUUCUGGAUCUUAUGGUUCGUGUGCUGGGAUUCUCUGACGAAGACAAGCAGAGGAUAGGUGUUGCUCAGCAAGGUGGAGGUAAAGGUGUAGUCCGAGGUGUCUUGGGUCUACCAGGUCGUCUAGUUGGUGGUAUCUUGGGUGGAAGUUCUGCCGGAUCUCCUUCAAUUGGGGCAUCUGAUGACCAGUCGUUUGCAGAUCAGUGGGUUGAUUUCCUUCUCAAAGAAACCGAAGAAAAAGAGAGGAGAGAAUCUGCAGAAGCAUCCAGCGGAUCCAAUGGAAGUCAACACGGAACAAGUCCAGACCCUGGUACUGCUUCAUCUCUACACAACCCCAGAACAAAUGCUGCUAAUUCUGCUACUGGUUUCUCAAGAUUAAACCCCCAGAACCAAAACCAACCGCUCUCUUACGGAAACAUACAGCAGCCCGAACAAUCUUUUUCUGAAUUCUCAACACUGCCUCUAAAUUCCUCAGAGAGCAGUUCUCGGUUAUCAAGGUUGCUUCCGAAAUACUGAAAACAUUUUGAUCUGUAAUUAAUCGAAGGUACAGAAUAUUUAUUGGUGUUGUGGUCGUGCAAUUCUUUAAUAUAUUAUUUCAUACAUUUAUUUAAAAAUGAGAGGGUUUUCUUUUGUAUUAA